GUUAGAUUCAGUUGUUCAGAUGUACCAGAGUUAUACUUGAUCCCAUAUCCCAGGUGAAAAGGAAUCCCACAAAGGCACCCCACAAUGAAGCCUCUCACAAAGUUAUCUCUGCUUUUUCUAAUCGGAUUGAUGGCCCUCCUGGGCUCAUCUACGGGCUGCAGUAUGACCAACAACGACGAUGCCGACCAGAGGGAUGCCCUGUUAGCCGAUCCAUCAGCGGCCCCCGCGCGGAGCAUGAAGGAUUACAGCGUCGAGGACAUCUACGUCGAGUGCAAUAAAACGUUCGCAAUAUCGAUGGAUUAUCUAAACGAACUGAACGACACCGGAAGCUUUCCGGAUGAAACCGAUAAAACUCCGAUGUGCUUCAUCCGGUGUUUCCUGCAGAAAGGUGGAAUCGUCACCGAGGACGACAAGGUAAACAAGGAGCAAGCCAUCGCCCUGGGAUGGGUUAAGAACGGGGAGACCAUCGAUGAUUGUUUGCAAGAUAUGACUGGAAAUCCAUGUGAACGGGCGUAUUUUCUAAUGCGGUGUGUGAGCACUCGCCAUCUGGUGGAAGGCAGGAGCAAAGACAGUAAGAAACGCUAGAGGUUGACACACAUUAUUGCUUUAGAAAAAGGAGAUUGUAAAGAAUAGUCUCUGUAAAGUCUAGUUCUAUUAAUAAUAAACAGAGAGACAUUGCACGACA